AGCACCACCACCAAGGAUAUUUACUCAAGUGCUGGACUUAGCUACACAUUUAAGAUACUUUGAAGAUGUUUCACAAGUUUAACUUCUGCAGGAAACUCCGGGUUAGUUUUGCUCGUCCAGUCUCGGCGGUGGAUGAUGACAGCGUGACGUUCAGCAGCUUCUGACUCUCCCAGCGCUGCCAUGGAUGACCUGACCCGCGCCCUGUCGGCCAGCUUCGCCGUGUCCAAGGAGCCCAACAGCACGGCGGCGGCCCACCCUCGGCUGGCUCAGUACAAGAGCAAGUUCAGCGUGCUGGAGCAGAGCGAGCGCCGCCGCCGCUUCCUGGACCUGCAGAAAAGUAAAAGGUUAAACUAUGUGAACCACGCGCGGCGUCUGGCUGACGGGGACUGGACGGGGACGGACAGCGACGGAGAGGAGGAGGACAUGGAGAAGAAGGAGGAGGGGGAGAAGGAGAAGGAGGAGCAGGAGGAGGAGGAAGAAGAGGGGAUGGAGAUCGAGAGGAGGAAGCUGCCUAAACAUUACGCCAACCAGCUCAUGCUGUCAGAGUGGCUGGUGGACGUGCCCUCAGAGCUCGACACUGAUUGGCUGAUGGUGGUCUGUCCUGUGGGGAAACGAUCCCUCAUCGUCGCCUCCAAGGGCUCCACUGCAGCGUACACAAAGAGCGGCUACUGCGUCAACCGCUUCCCCUCACUGCUGCCGGGAGGAAACCGCCACAACUCAGCCAUGGGCAAAGACUAUACGAUCCUGGACUGUCUGUACAGCGAGGUGGACCGGACCUACUUCAUCCUGGACGUGAUGUGCUGGCGAGGCCACCCGGUCUACGACUGCCCCACGGAGUUCCGGUUCUACUGGCUGCAGUCCAAAGUCCAGGAGACAGACGGGCUGUCGGAGAUCGCCAAAAGAAACCCUUUCCGGUUUGUGAGCCUGCAGAGCAACGCGUGCACGCCGAAGCUGAUUCAGAAAGCGCUGGCAGCCGAGUACAGCUUCAAUGUGGACGGUCUGCUCUUCUACCACCGUCAGACCCACUACACCCCCGGCAGCACGCCUCUGGUGGGCUGGCUCCGCCCCUACAUGGUGUCAGACAUCCUGGGCAUGGAGGUCCCGGCCGGACCCCUCACCGCCAAGCCGGAGUACGCGGGCCACCAGCUGCAGCAGAUCCUGGAGCACAAGAAGACGUCGAGCGAGGUCCGGCCGGCCAACCGCAGCGGAGGCUACGAGCUGGAGCACCUGUCCACGCCGACCCCGGACGGCGAGGGAGCCAUGAACUUCCUGAACCAGAAGCCGAUCCGGGAGGCGAACAUGGAGGUCUGAGCGGUCGACGUGCAAACCUGAUGUAAAGAGAGCCGGCUGAGUGCACGUCAGGGCGCCGCUCAGCACGCCGUCGGCUGAAAACAUCUCGUACCUGUCGGAGAGUCCUUUUAUAGAAACGGUUCCUCCCGUUUCAGAACGCUGCAUGCCAUCCAGAAGAUAAGACGAGAUCUCUGAUGAUUGAUGUGAAACGAGGAGUUUUUCUCUCAUCGGAUCGUUCGCUUGUUGCACUCAGAGCUUCGAAUCACGCCGAACAGCUGCUGUGACUUUUACACUUUAAUGAUGAAUUUAAAAUCGCCUGAAGAUGUUUUAAAGCUUAUGUUUCCUAAUAAAUGUUUUUUUUAUCAACCUGCA